GGAACAUUCGACAUGGGGUUUCCGGCGGCCAGAACUUCUCGGCCGUUAUCACUCGACGAAGAUGGACCUGAAUCACAAGUCGAACAGGGAACGGUCAUCGUCGGCCAAAUGGGCAAGCGAUGUGCAUCUUGCCGUAGAGUACCUCAAGCGGCAGCAUGACGUUGUCGAGUGGUUGGAACAUGCCAUGGAUCGCACGUUUCCAACGCAUGACCUCCAGGAGCUGCUCAAGUCGGGCAUUGUCCUGCGAGAACUGAUGGCGCACUUUGCACCAACCACCGCCACACCAAAGCCCAUUGCACGAACGUACAGUGCUACGAUGGCCCCGUGGAAGGAACGAGAAAACAUCAGUGUGUUCCUGUCAGAUUGCCGUCGAUUGGGCAUGAGCGAAUGCUCACUUUUUGGCACGGACGACUUGUACGAAGGCACGAACAUGGUGCAGGUCGUGUUUGGGAUGCAGUACAUUAAGGCAUGGUUUUCGGGUGGCGUUCGGUCGCCGCGAUCCCCCAAGAAUGCCCCCGUGGGCGUUUGGUCGUUUUCUGAGUCGCAGGUGCAAGAUGUCUUGGCGCAAUUUCAAAAGCACAAGUCCCAGGAGUGCCUGCUCCAAGGAUUCUUGACUCGGCAAGGUAGCAGCAAUUGCAACUUGCGUCAACCCGAGCACGCCUCCGCGCAUCGUUCCCAAGAAGCGGUAAUCUGUACCAACGACCUCAACACGCCGGUCGACCGUGUUCAGGACCCACCACCAUCGAUUUUCCCCACCGAGGAAACGGAAGCAUCGGUCGAGCUUGGUCCUCACUGCCACAAAUUUACGUCAUGCGAGCCACUCCUGGACACCGCUCCUAUCAAAGUACAAGCCAACGACAACGUUCUCGCACAACCGUGCGAAUCAGUCAUAGCCCCCCCCACGCAUCGCGACGGCGACGAUGCAAUGGGGACGCCUACGGAGCAGUAUGUUCUUGCCACAACUCCAAUUCUGACAGACCCGGCAAGUGAUCAAGUCGCCGUAACUUCAUCUGACAUCGUCAUCGUCCCGGUACGAACACCACAAUCGUUGAAUGUUAUACGUGAUUUUCAAUCGUUGUAGACGCAAGAGCCAAGCAGCGAGUCAAAGGCUGCUGACGUGACCGCAGCUCCCGAAGUCGACCCGAGUGUGAACCGGCAUUACGGAUGUUGCUGUCGAGUCAUGUGAAUCGUGCACCUUGCUAAUUGCAGAUCAGACUGUCGCCUUGAACUAACCAACAUAACACACAAGUCAGUGGAGAA